UCAGUAUCUCUUUCUAUACCCAAAGCCGCCGCGCCGAGACACUUUUAGAGCCCAAUCGCGAUUUGAAUUUUGCAUCGACGGCGAAAAAAAUGCGAUCGUUAGAAGAGUUAUCCCCGAUAGAAACCCUAGAUAUCGAAGAGAACGGCCUCACUCUCGUCUCACGCGUCAAGCUCUGUCUCACAAUUCACCCAUUAGUCCCUUCCGUAUCCAAACCCAUCGACGAAUGGCAACUCAAGCGAUCCUUGAUAGAUUACCUCAAAAGCUCCGUCGUACCGUCGGUAACAGUUGCGGAGGAAGAUAUCGUAGUUCGCCGUCACAAGGACUUGAAGAAACGGAAGCGUGAGGAGCCAGUAGCUCAUGGAUCGUUGUUUAUCCGCGAUUUAGGGUUUCUUGAUGGGAAGAAGAGGAAGAAAGAGGAUGAUGGAGAGAGAGAUGUGAAGGAAUUGGAGAGGAAGUUUCUUGAUUGGAGGAAGAGUUUGGUGGAGAAGAUGAAUGGAAUUGAGCUUAAUUUGGAAGGAGUUAAGUAUAAGCUUAGUGUGGUGCUUCCGAAUUCAGAUGAUUUCGAGAGGUUGAAGAAGGAUUGGGAAGAGUAUUACGCUUUUGGGAAUCAAAGGGAGGCAAGGAGAGAGGCUGAUACGAUAAUACUCAGAGGUGUGCCAUCAAGAUGGUUUGCUGAGCCAAGAGUAUCAUCAAAGCCUUCUAUGUUGGUUACACAUACAAUCUUCUCUAGCUUUGGGAAAAUUAGGAAUCUUAAUGUUGCUGAGGACGAUGAUCUAGGUAAGGACGGAGAUGAGGACAGUGGAGACCUCGUAUCAGGUCUACAUUGUAAGAUUGUGGUUCAGUUCGAGAAGUACAAAGACUUUGUGAAUGCCAUGAAGGCUUUCUGUGGUCGCUCAAUGGAAAAGGAAGGUACUCGGCUAAAGGCAGACUAUGAACUAACAUGGGAUAAGGUUGGAUUCUUCCGGGACUUGAGGAGGACGUUGGAUCACAGAGAUGGCGGACACAGAAACGAGUCUUUUGGAUACAAUCAGGAUGAUUUACGCCGGAAAAGAUUCAGGGAGUAAUACACUGAGAUGAGAUCUAGAGAAACAUGGGAGAUGUUGUAGUGCUGCUCUCUGUCGUCUAGGUCUAUGACAGCUGGAUUUGUAUUUUAAGAUAUUGUUUUGAAGUUUUCUAAGUUCAGAUCUGAUUUUUGGUCUUAUGCCAAAAUACAUGCACACCGGACUGGACUUGACUAGAAUUUAAUUGGGAAAUAUAUUCCCUUUGAAAAGUUGUUGGAAGAAACUUUGGCAUGUCAAUCAAAUUGGGCUAGUUCGGUCUAA